AUGACAGCCAAAAGAACAGAACAAUCAAAUGACAUAAAGAAAAGCAAAAAAUCUAUUACACAGAAAAGACAUCGUCGCACAGAAAGCCUGGAGAAAAGGGUCUUUGAAUAUAGUAAGAUGUGUGACGCUGAUGUCUGCCUAGGCAUUCGCAUUAAGGAAAAUGGCCAAGUACACAUAUUUUCAGCGGACCGAUCUGGGUUUUGGACUUUUUUAAAACCACACCUUGAUUCAUGUUAUCCAACCCCAAGUCAGAGGACAGAUAAAGACUUCGAAGUAGCUCAACAGGCUAUGGAUUGA